CUACGACCUUAGUUUUUGCUGCGUUUCGUCCACAAUCUGAAUCUCGACUCCCUCGGUUACGGUCCCUACUAUGCUUACUACUAACUUGACCAGCUUGGUUUCACAGACUCGGCUUGUUGUAUGCGACGUACUGAGAAACCAACAGAAAAAUGGCAUCGGUCAAAAGUUACCUAAGACGAGCAAGAUAGCUCGUCUGGUUGUUUCGGUGCUUAUUUUGGAGUCGUAACGGC